AUGGCUGCUGCAGCUGUGCUUGAUGGUACCCCGGCUGUCGUUGACUGGCCAGAUCGCUAUCAUCACGUCGACCAGAUUCUCGACAAGCCAGGUCCCCGCACAGAUCCGUCUUUCCUGGCUGGUAAUGAGGUCAAAGACUUUCUGCGGAACAAAUGCAAGAUCCUGGUCAUUGGUGCCGGUGGUCUGGGCUGUGAGAUCUUGGCGAACCUCGCCCUGUCUGGGUUCAAGGAUAUUCAUGUCAUUGAUAUGGACACCAUCGACAUCAGUAACCUGAAUAGACAGUUUCUCUUCAGACCAAAGGAUGUCGGCAAACCCAAGGCGAUCGUCGCUGCAGAAUUCAUCAUGAAGCGUGUUCCUGGUGUCAUUGUCUCUCCAUAUUAUGGCAAAAUCCAGGACAAGGACGAUGACUACUACAUGCAAUUCAACCUCGUUAUCUGUGGUCUUGAUUCCGUAGAGGCGCGACGGUGGAUCAACGCUACCCUUGUUAACUUGGUUGAUCCGGAAAACCCAGAAAGCUUGAAACCUCUGAUUGAUGGUGGCACAGAAGGCUUCAAGGGCCAAGCACGUGUGAUACUCCCGACCGUCUCAUCGUGCUACGAAUGCUCUCUAGACAUGCUCAACAAGCCCACCGCUUUCCCCAUCUGUACCAUCGCUAAUACACCACGUCUGCCGGAACAUUGCAUAGAAUGGGCAUCAGUACUGGAGUGGCCGCGUGUGUUCGGAGACAAGAAGCUCGACACGGACGAUCCGGAGCACAUCAGCUGGCUGUAUACGACAGCCUCGGCGCGCGCGAAGGAGUUCAAGAUCGAGGGUGUCACAUGGUCGUUAACCCAAGGAGUGGUCAAAAAUAUCAUUCCUGCGAUCGCGUCGACAAAUGCCAUCAUUGCAGCGUCAUGUUGCAAUGAAGCAUUCAAGAUUGCGACGAGCUCUGCGGCAUACCUCAACAACUACUUCAUGCUGAUCGGAGUCGACGGCGUGUAUUCGUACACCUUUGAGCACGAGAAGCGGGACGACUGCCCCGUGUGCGGUGGCGAGGCGCUGGAUAUUUCAAUCAGCAAGGAGUGGACCGUCGACCGCCUCAUCGAGAUGCUCAUCGAGAAGCAGGACAUCCAAAUCAAGAAACCGUCUUUGUCCACUACGACGAAGCAAAUCUACUUCCAGGCGCCGCCGCAGCUUGAGGAGCUCACGCGGCCAAAUCUUGAGAAGAAGGUAUCAGAGCUGAUCGAGGAUGGCGACCAUAUCACGGUAACGGCGUCAACGCUCCCGUUCAACCUGACGUUGCGGAUCAAGUAUGUCUGAGAGUAGGCGGACCUCAGCUGCCUAGAUGAGAGGACUGUACGAUGAAGUGUGCUGCAAUCUUAAUACUCGGUGUACAACAUUAUCUGGAUCAGACUUGAACGUGUAGUGCAACGCACGGAGAGAUCAAUAAAUACAAACCGUCAGACCUC